AGGAAGAAGGAAAGAAAAAACGCUCAUGUUACAUACAAGGAAACAAGAGCGAUCUGGCACUCACACUCAUCAUUUACUAUGCUGCUGCUGCUGCGUGAUUACAAGAAUCAGGGUUUCUCGCUUGGUAUAUAUACACCGCAACAACGUGCUGCGCCUCCAGGGUUUGUUUUCUUCAGGUGUUGGUGUCACUGUCAGUAUCUCAAAUGGAAGAGAAGAAGGUUAGCACCCAAGACCUCCAUCACCAUGAUUCCACUCAGCCGCCGAAACCACCACAGGCGGAAAUAGGGGGUGGUGGGACUGGUGACUUUACUGUUAAAGGCUUCGCAGAGAAGAGAGCCAGUCGGUGUUCUUCUAAUGAACACAUUCUGUUCUCUCCUUUGUUGAGUGGCGCAAAUGUUGCAACACAUUCUGUUCCAGAAUCAGAAAUCCAUGGGGAUAAUAUCUCAUGUGUGAGAAGAUCAGGCGGCACAAAUGUCGCAACAGGUGAGAAUGGUGAUCGUGAUAGGAAGGAUGAAUCUCACUGUUUGACUUCAGAUGAUAGCGUUCCCGUGGAUGAAAAGGUGGUGACCUGUACUUGUUUUGACAAAGCUGGUUGCAAUCACUGUGAUGUUCCAAACUUUACUGAAGAACUUCCACUGGUUGAGGGAGAACCUUUUGAGUGCUCAAGUCAUUCAUCUCAGAAGAAUGAUCUCCGGCAGUCUGUUGCUCUCAUCAACAACACAAGAAUGCAAGAAUCUCAGCAAUCACAACCAGGAAACCAUAGCAAUGUUUCAGAUUUAAUGGACGAUUGGGUUAAAGUUUGUGAUACCUGUGGGGCUGUAGGAGAUGAGUCCUUACUUGUUUCUUGUAACAAGUGUACUGAUGGCGCAGAACACACUUAUUGUAUGCGUGUUAAGCUGUUUGAAAAGCCUAAAAGUUGGACGUGUCAAGAUUGUGCACCAAGGGCAGGAACUAACAAAUUAGUGGAAGAUGACGUUGAAGUAGGUGCUAGAAGUAAGACAGGACAUCUAACAAAACGUUCAAUAAAUCUUGAAUCUAGUAAAGGUGCAAAAUUCAGCUCUGGAUCUUCAUAUCCCAGGAAAAGUAGUACCAUUGGUGUAAGCUCUACAACUCAUUUAUCAGGUGAUAAAAUACAUAUAAGCACCGUUGCUCAGUCAGAUGAAAAAAGAAGGGCUAGGAAACUUCCAUCCAAUAAGUUGGGGAAGGCGAAAUUAGGGGCUGCAGGCUCUCUUUCUGCAGGCUCUCUGUUGAAGUCAAAUUCUUCAAAAGCUGCGAAUUUGAAACCUAAAGGACAGAAUGCCAAGGCCGGAUGUUUGCAAAAGCAGAAGGUAGAGAGAAAUCCAGCUUUUCAUGAUGAUAGAAAGGGAAAAGGCCCUAUAGCGGUAUCUAAAUCUAUGACAUCUGAGAGUGCUUUCUUAGAAGAAUCAAAUGCUACUGGUUCGAAGGUUGUCCUAGCAGAUGCUUAUGAGCUAAGUAAUUCUCCAAUGCCCUUACUAGCUUCUGACUCUACUGUAACUACAGAAAAGAGUGAAAAAGAAACAAAUUCUGGGGCUGAGACAUUAGCGGAUGGUUUGGAACUUAAUAAUCCUCCGAUGCCCUUACUAGCUUCUGAUUCUGCUAUAACUACAGCAAAGAAUGAAGAAGAAACCGUUUCUGGUGGUGAGACUUUAGCGGAUGCUUAUGAGCUAAAUAAUCCUCUAAUGUCCUCAUUUGCUUCUGAUUCUGCUGUAACUGCAGAAAAUAAUGAAAAGGAAAUUAUUUCUGCUGGUGAGACUUUAGCGGAUGCCUAUGAGCUGAAUAACUCUCCGGUGUCCUUUCUAGCUUCUUAUUCUGCUGUAACUGCAGAAAAGAAUGAAAAGGAAACUAGUCCUGGUGGUGAGACUUUAUUUUCAGGAUCUCAUUUUUGUAAUCUUGAUGUUGUUGGAAGUUCACGACAACUGGAUCAUAGAUCACAUGCAAGCAUUCAUAACACUCAUAAAGACUCAAACUGUACCAAUAUAAAGAAGAAAAAUGUGAGCCAGCAAGCUGAACACCCUGCAACAGGCCUUGUCUUCCCAAAUGUUCAUCCUUCAUGGCUAGGCAAAUUUAUGAUACACAAAAGUGAGGGCAUUGCAAGGAAUUGUGAUGGGUUUCAAGCUCAUUUAUCAAGUUGUGCAUCACGUGAAGUUCCUGACAAGCUUCCUGAGAUUAUUAUACUGGAGGAACUACCUCGCUUAAGGAUCUGGCCAUCUCAAUUUAUCAGAAGUCAAGUCACUGAAGAAAAUAUUUCCCUCUACUUUUUUCCAAAAGAUGUUGAUAGCGAUGGAACAGACUAUAGAGGAUUGAUAAAUUGCAUGAUCAAUAAUGAUUUAGCUCUGAAAGGAAAUUUGGAUGGGGCUGAGCUUUUAAUUUUUCCAUCCAACAUUCUGCCUAAGAGAUCCCAGCUUUGGAACCAGAAUAUGUUCCUCUGGGGAGUAUUCAAUGCACAAGUGGUGAAUAACUCAGCAAACACACCAGUCUCAAAUUCUGUUAAGCAAGGAAAUGGAGAUACUGUGAAAAGGAGGGAAUUUGAUCUCAAUGCUUAUCCUGAAGAUGAAGAUGACGACGCAGGUGUUAAUCUUACUGUGCAGCAAGGAAAUGGAGAUACUGUGAAAAAGGGGACAAUUGAUCUCAGUGCAUGUACUGAAGAUGAAAAUGUUGACGCAGGUGUUAAUCUUGCAGUUGAGGGUAGAAGCACAACACCAGAAAAUGGUUCUGUUAGGACUGAGCACCAUGUUAAGGAGCUACCAACAUCACUCUAGGGGCAAGUUUUGAAUAUGGACCCGCGUGAUUUGCAAUAAAGAAAACCUCUUAUUUAUACUUUAUCCUUUUUAUGUUAUUGUGGUUUUUGUGUCACUGGAUCACAGUGAUAUUAAUAAUUUGUGGUACAUUAACAUUUGAAAAUAAUCAUUACGAUCAUUGAUUGACGUAAUUAUUGGCUAUGAUAAAUGGCUACCAACGUUUAU